UUGAUAAUUCAGUAUGGGCUGGUAUGGGAAAGGGUAAGCGAAGGAUGGAAUUUCUGGGAUAUUUGAUAAUCUUCCAUUUAGAUCAAUUUAGUGCUCUCAACAAGUCUAUAUUGAGCUGGUGCUUAUUUUUCUGCUUUUAAAAUUUUGUAAAUAUCACGUUUGCGUCUACAACAUUUUAGGCAACAUCUAAUUUAUAAAUUACCUUUUAAUUAUCAAUAUAAGUGUCAUACAAUAUUGUUAAAAUGAGUAAUCAAAAGACAGUGCCAACUUCAAUAAACUUCCUUUUUGGGGGAACAGCAGGAAUGGCUGCAACAUGUGUUGUUCAACCAUUAGAUUUAAUAAAAAAUCGAAUGCAACUAAGUGGUACUAAGACAUCGACGAUAAAUGUAAUAUCUUCAAUCUUAAAAAAUGAGGGUGCUUUAGCUUUAUAUGCAGGCUUAUCUGCUGGUUUAUUGCGUCAAGCUUCAUAUACAACUACAAGACUUGGUACAUAUGAAUGGCUAUCACAAUUAAUUUCAAAAGACAGCCAACCAAAUUUUAUAAUGAAAGUAUUGAUAGGUUGUACUGCUGGUUGUGUAGGAGCAUUUGUCGGUACUCCAGCUGAAGUUGCCUUAAUUAGAAUGACUGCCGAUGGUAGACUACCUAUUGCUGAGAGACGCAAUUAUAAAAAUGCAUUUAACGCAUUAGUUCGAAUAGUCAAAGAGGAGGGCUUUUUAGCAUUGUGGAGAGGUACCAUUCCAACAAUGGGAAGGGCUAUGGUUGUAAAUGCAGCUCAAUUGGCAUCAUAUUCUCAGUCUAAAGAAAUGUUACUUAACACUGGAUAUUUUGAAAACAAUAUUACAUUACAUUUUGUAAGUUCUAUGAUAUCAGGUUUAGUAACUACCGCUGCCUCUAUGCCAGUUGAUAUUGCUAAAACAAGGAUUCAAAAUAUGAAAAUUGUGGAUGGUAAACCAGAAUUUAAAGGUGCAAUAGAUGUUAUAAUUCAGGUGUGCCGAAAUGAAGGAAUAUUUUCAUUGUGGAAAGGUUUCUUUCCUUAUUAUGCUCGUCUAGGUCCACAUACUGUCUUGACAUUUGUUUUUGUAGAACAAAUGCGUGAUUUUUACAGAACAUAUGAUGCACUUUAAUACACAAGCAUGCAGUAAAUUUUCAAAAUGUCUAAGCAGCAUUUUUGCCAAUAUUUUGUUUUAUAUCUAACCUUUUCCAAGUUAUAUGCUUAGACUGAAUGUUCACUCUUUCAAUAUAGCUUUUGUUUGUGUAUUAAUAUUUGAUAGACAUUAUUCAUGUAUUCGUAUAUAAUGCACGCACAAUAAUAAUUUUAUAUUUUAAA